AUGUCUCUAAGAAAGACCUCAAUCAAUGUACUCAUUGCCUUGACAAUGGGAUACAUUGCUCUCUUUAGCCAUGAUCACUUAUUCCAUCGAUCCGGCCCCAAUGCACCCGAAAAUACUUCCACAUCCGCUGCUGGUCUUGUGGGCGAUGAACCUAGCUACGACGUGCAGAUCUUCUCUCGAGACCCUCUGAUCCUUCAUAUCCGUGAUUUUGUCAGUCGAGCAGAGAUCAACCACCUACUGAAGAUCAGUGAAGGAACCUACGAGCCAUCCAAGGUCUACCCAGAAGGAAACCAUCACAUUAACCGUCUGUCCCGUGUAUCCGAGUCCGCCGUAUUGCCUCAAGACCCCAUCGUGCGUCGGAUCAAGAAGCGUGCCCAACGAUUGCAGGGGUGGCGAGGAAACGACACCGUCCUUGAGCGGCUCAAGGUUCAACGCUACGCGGUUAAUGGCUUCUACAGUUGGCACUAUGACUGGCAUGGGAAUCUUCCAGAGGGGGACCGGGUCACCACUCUCCUGGUUUAUCUGGUGGGGAAUAAUUGUACAGGGGGAGGCACUAAUUUCCCGCGCUUGAAGCGGCCGGAAGACCCGCGGUGGUGUCAGAUCAUCGAAUGCGAGAAUGACGAAUACGCCGGGGUGACGUUUAAGCCGAUCGAAGGGACGGCGGUGUUUUGGGAGAAUAUGCACCCGAACGGUUCGGUGCAUUAUGAUGUGCUGCAUGCGGCUUUGCCCGUUAAGUCCGGACAGAAAGUCGGAUUGAAUAUCUGGGGGUUUGAUUUGGGGUGGAAGGCUCCCAGUGUAGGUAGAUAG